UCUCUCACAGAACCUUCCUCACCAAACUGCAACUACUCAUGUCCCACCAUUCAAUAUUCAGUCUAUAAUAAGAGACCUUCUGUCAAUCUUUAUAUUUCCCCAUAAGCUUCUUUUCCUAAUCAAAUCAUUUCCCCUGCCUCUUCAAAUUCCUCAUUCAUCCCUUCUCAACUAAAGCUAUUCAAUUUAUAUUAUUCCUCUUUUAAAACCAGAUUUCCUUGCAUUUCUAUUGUUAAGGAGAAAAGAGAACAAGAUGUUAAGAGCUGUUUUGGUUUCUUGUGUUCUCUUCUCUUUGUAUUUAUCAACCAAUGCUCAAUCAUGUGCAAAAUACAACUUUGCCAGUAACCAAGUUUUCAGUUCCUGCAAUGAUCUCCCAUAUUUGAAUUCAUUUCUUCACUGGAAUUACGAAUCGUCUUCGAGAACUGUCAGAAUGGCCUAUCGACACUCUGGUGUCACGGCCUCUAAAUGGGUCGCGUGGGCUAUUAAUCCAAGGUCUCAAGGCAUGGUUGGUGCACAAGCUCUAAUCGCUUUCCAAAAAUCUGAUGGAACCAUGAGAGCUUACACAGCACCUAUCACUACUUAUCAGACUCGGUUGCAAGAAGGAGAUUUGAGCUUUCCAGUUUCAGAUUUAUCGGCAGUAUAUUCAAAGAACGAAAUCAUUAUCUUUGCCACGCUGAAGCUGGAUAACUUAAGCUCUACUGUUAACCAGGUUUGGCAAGACGGUCCACUUUCAGGAGAUGCCCCUGCAAUGCAUCCUACAUCUGGUUCUAACGUCCGAUCAGUGGGGACUCUAAAUCUUCUUUCAGGAGAGUCAAGAACAACACAAGGGUCAUCAAAUUCCAAAACUAAGAAAAGAAAUAUUCAUGGAGUAUUAAAUGCAGUAAGUUGGGGUAUCUUGAUGCCUAUUGGUGCUGUAUUCGCAAGGUACUUAAGGGUCUUUCCAUCUGCUGAUCCUGCUUGGUUUUAUCUUCACGCAACUUGCCAAACUUCGGCCUACAUCAUUGGAGUUGCUGGCUGGGCUACAGGCAUCCAGCUAGGAAGUGAGUCCCCCGGAGUUCAAUACACGUCCCACAGGACCAUCGGAAUAGUUCUCUUUUGUCUAGGAACCCUCCAGGUAUUUGCUUUGCUUCUAAGGCCGAAAAGGGAACACAAAUACAGAUUUUACUGGAACAUCUACCACCACUCAGUAGGAUACGCUGUCAUCGUCCUAAGUAUUAUCAACAUUUUCAAGGGGUUCGACAUAUUAAAUCCCGAGAACAAAUGGGAGAGAGCCUAUAUUGGGAUCCUGGUGGUUCUGGCAUUUAUUGCUGCAGCAUUGGAAGCUUAUACAUGGUAUGUAUUUGUGAAGAGGAAGAAAUCUGCUGCUUCUCAAAAGAUGUCUAAUGGGGUAAAUGGAACAAAUAGACAUAAUGGAAAUGAGGCAAGGGUAUAAAAAAGUAGGGUUGUCAAUUUGCUCAUUUAUCUUACAUAUUUUUGUGCUGCUGUAUCUCUCUGUACUUUUCCAUUGAUGGUGUCGAUGUUAGGUUGCUUCUACUGGGGAGAGUUUAGAGAUGAUACAAGUUUUUCCCCCUUUUUCAUUUCUGUUGGAAUAUUUAUAUAUAUUUGUUGUUUCUUUGAUAUUUCA